AUGGUGCAGAUCAUCAUUUCCAGUGGUGGCACAGGGGACCUGGCACAGUGGGUGCUAGUGGAGCUGCAGGGCGAGGUGGAGCCCCGGCAGAGCGGGGAGCUGGCUGGGAGCCUCCUGGGAGACCUGCACUACACCUCUGAGGGCAUCCCUGUGCUCAUUGUGGGCCACCACAUCCUCUACGGAAAGGUGGUGCAGCUGGAGAAGCCAUUUGCUGUCCUGGUGAAGCAGGGAGGAGCCCCCCAGCCCAGCCCUGGGGGACCUGAUGGCCACUACACUGUCACUGCCCUCAUCAAAACCAAACUGCUCUUCAAAACCCGCCCCAAGCCCAUCAUCACCCAUGUGCCCAAGAAGGUGUGA